GAGCUUUGGAAGCCCUUGAAUAUUCUGACUCCUCCCCAUAAUCUUGCUGUUUCCUUUUACUGAAAAUUUGAAGGCAGUUGAGUGCUUAGAGAAAUCUUUGUCUUACCUUGUGCCCACAGCAAGCUUGGCAUCCUUCCUCUGGUCUCCACCCUCCCAUCCCCCAAUCCCCACCCAGCUGAAUUAGAAUACUGUACAUUGUGUAGCUUGAACUCUUGAAUACAAAUGUAGAAGAAACAGAAAGACGAGGUAGCGGUCCUCGAGGUCCUACUGGAGAAUUGCCACUUCUCUCUUCGACAGAGUUUUUGUAACCCAAGUUGGAGAUAUCUUCCAAAGAUGAAUUUCCAAAGUCACUUUUUAGUCAUCUACCUGCUUCUUUUGUUCUUUUACCCAAGAGGUGUCAUGGUAGAAAAGAAUGUUGUUUGGGGCAUACUGACUCAGUCCAUCUCCUUGGACAUCCCUGAUUUUCUGAAGGACCAAGAUAAAGAUGAUAUACGGUGGUUUAAAGGACCUACCCUGAUCGCAAAAGUAAACCGAAAUGGAGCUAAUCAUAAUUUUUACCGGAGAGACACAAACUAUGAGAUAUUCACAAAUGGAACCCUGAAAAUUAAAGAACUGGAGAAAAACUCUGAGCAAAACUACAAGGUGUCAGUGUAUCAUAAAAAUGGAACAAACCUUUUGGAGAAAGUAUUGAUUCUGCAUGUAAUGGAGGCUGUUUCAAAGCCAGAAAUGACGUGGAACUGCACUGAAAGAAUUGUCACUUGUGAGGUUCGGAAGGGGACUGAUGCUGAGCUUACUUUGUUUGAAAAUGGGACACAGCCUUUGAAGAUGGGGACCAUGAAAAAAGAGGGAAUGCAGCUCAAGUACACCUGGCCAAAGAAGCACCCACCACAAAAGGAGUUCAAAUGCGUGGCAAAAAACCCAGUCAGUGAGGAGUGGACUGUGGGUCAAACCCCCUGUACAGUGAAAUUCUGGAACAUUUAUCACAUCCUGAGUAUUUGUGGAGGAGGGAUAAUCCUGUUAAUCUUCUUAACUCUGAUCAUUUCCUGUUUCCUGAGGAGGAAAAAACAAAAAAAGAAGCCAAAUGUUACAGAUCAGAAUCUGGAGAUUAAAAUCUCCAGAGCAAAGGAAGAGAGAGUUCGAAAGCUUCAUCAGAGUCCAGGUCACCAUCCACAACUACCUGGUGAUCGCCAUCCUCAGCAACCAGGUGGUCACCGUCCUCAGGCCCCUGGGCAGCAUCUCCAGGUGCCUGGUCGCUGUCCCCCAGUACCUGGCCAUCGUCCCCAGCCGCAGCAGAAAAGGCCUUCUCCAAAAGUCCAGCAGCAAACUGGCCCUCCCUUGCCCAGGCCUCGAAAUCAGCAAAAGCCUCCACACCAGGAAAAGGAAAAAUGAGAAUGAUUUCUCCUGGGGGAAGUUUCUCUCUGCUCCACUUUGGGAACAGAUGUAAAAAAGAUCCUUCCAAUCAAACAAAACUGCAGUUUUCCCUAUUCAUGGUACAAAUUCCUAUGAGUGUUUUCUACUGUUGGGCUACUACUUUUCCUAAGUAUCUCUGGUCAUGGACAAUGUGUGGGGGGUAUAUCUACUCUUUUGUAAGGGAGAGAGAAAAAAUAUCAAACGAUGGAAACCAAAGUGACUGAAGACUUGUUUACCUGGCCCAGGAUAAUGUGGCCUCUUGGCAGGAUUCCUCCAUUGUCAAAGAGGAAAAAGCAGUUAAGGGUGCAACCAUUAAGAGGAUGGACCAUAGUAUCACUGAACUGGAGGUUGAAGGGACCCCAGAUGACCAAGUGACAAUUCUUGCCCUUGACAAGAGAAUUCUUUGAUGUUUUCUUGUUCAAUCCAGUAAGUAAGACACUUUGCUAGGUACUAGGAUGAUAAAAAUAAACUAAAAAAUAGUCUUUUUCCUUAAGGAACUUAGAUCCUUCUGGGUUCAUACAACACAUAGACAAGUAAGUACGAAGUCAUUUGAGGAGAAGGGAGAGGAUACCAACAACCAAGGCCGGGGUUCUUUGCCUUUUCUGUGUCAUGGACUCUUGGCAGUCUGGUGAAGCCUAUGGACCCUUCUCAGAAUGAUGCUUUUAAAUGAAUAAGAUAAAACAAAAAGGAAUACAAAAGGGACCAAUGAUACUGAAAUGGUUAUUAACAUUAAAAAAAAAGUUCAUAGACCCUAAGUUACAAAUUCUUGAACUAAGGGUAUCAGAAAUACUUCCGCUGAGAGAGUACAGAAACUGAGCCUUGAAGGAAGGUAGGGAAUAAUGGAUAUUGUUUAAAAAAAAAAAAGCUUUGCUGGGCUAUGCAGAUGUUGUGACCAUGUGUAACUAAAAGAGAAAAGCCUUGUCUUGAAGUGUUUGUGCUUGUCUACUCUUUUGUGAGGGAGAGAGAAAUCAUUGCUGUGACCUAUGUUAGAAUGUAGAACUGAGUUGGACAGGUUUACUUAACAGGAGAAGAAUCAAACUUGGGUCCUAAAGUCCAGUCAGCCCAGGUCUAUAAAAUUCCCUAUCACACACACACACACACACAUACACAUACACACACACACACACACACACACACACACACAUCCAAGUCCUGUGGCAUGAAACUAGAAAGGGAGGUGUCGACUCCCCGGCUUGGUGCGAUGGAUGAACCAUAGCAAACUGGGAGGAGCACAAUUUAGAAUUUAGACUUGGUUCCCCAGUGCUGUUCAGAGCUGCCCACAAUCCUCCUCAAUGACUAUUACUGCUCCCCGCUCCCCAAUAGCUGUCCUGCACAAAUAUUCUAGGAAGUAGAAAAUCAUAGUUCACAGGACCAUAGACAAAGAACUGAAAGGAAAUUUGGAGGCUCUGUAAUCCAACCUUCUCCUUUUACUAAUGAGAAAACUGAGGCCUGGAGAGAUGUAAUUACUUGUCCAAGGUCACAUUGGUAGAAAGCACAGAACUGAAAGGGAUCAGAGUUUUGGAGGUAUAAUGGAUCUUAAAGGCCAUCUGGUCCAACUGCUUCAUUUUGCAGGUGAGGAAACCAAGCCCCAGACAGGUUGAUUUGCCUAGGGUCCCACAGGUAGUAACCAGCACAUUGGGGAAUCAAACCUAGGUCUACUGAUUCCAAAUGCAAUAGUUUUUCCAUUGUACCAUUGUACCAUUUCACAUUGUCUUGUGAACCAACCCACAUUCAUUCUGGACUGGAGGUCAGCAAGAAGCCAAUCAGAUGGCAUGAACAAUAGCAGGGAUGAGAAAGAAUUUGGUUCCAUCAAAUAGCCUUGAUGGGUCAUUAUCGAAAGGUCACCCCAUAGGCAUGCAGAGAGCUUGGGGCUGGCCAAUGCCCUCUGCAUGCCUAUGCUCACUUCCAUAUGGGACUUCAUAUUCAGGCACCCUGGAUCAGGGAGGAGAGAAGAAACAGGAAAGAGCAAGAAUUGUCAGUUAAAGUUCUAAAGUGGAGGCAAUGAAGUAGGUUCUUUGAAACAGCAGUGUGAUAUUUGUGGCCUCAUCCCUCCCUGGGUUUCUCAGACUAGUUCAGCCUUGCCAGGAAACACUGAGGUCUAAACCACAAGCUCUCUGCACACUUAAAACUUCCUGUAAGAGCCCUGGUGUGUGUUGAACGCUUUGCCCACUUCAUAUGAGUCUUCAGUUCGAACACGUGGAGUCAAUCAUUAAAAAAGUUAAAACCCCGCAUUUAUUCGUUUGGAACCAGCAGGAUAACAACAUUAAGCCAAGCUUCUACUUAGCUGGAUACAAGAGGGUCAUACAUCCUCUCCCUUUCCUCCAUCUGGGCAAUGGAGAAGAAUCCUCCCCCUCCACCCCCAGCCCUGAGACCCAGCUCAGACCCCACAUUAUUCAAAAAGUCUUCUGUAACCCAUCAGCAUGCUUCGAACUCUCUCUCUUGCUCUGAAUACCUAGUUAUCUACAUGCCUUUAGUAUAUGAGUGCCUGGCACAAAGUUGGUGCUUAAUAAAUGCUUGUUGAUCAAUUGA